AUCAACACUGCUAGAUGAGACUGAAGUCCCAUAACAUUUCUGCUCAGCUACUGUGACUUUUAGAAUGGAUGGAUAUAUGAUAUUGAAUGCACACAACUUUCAGUCGUAAAUAUCAAGUUACGCAAUUCUUUGUGGUACCUUCUAUUGUACUCAUGGAUUUGACAGAAAUGACUUUCUAUGACGACAAAGUCGGUUAUUAAGUGGUUUGUAUGUUCCUUGUAUUACUAGGAAUUUAUUGGAAACUGAGUACGGGAAAAAUACGGCUAUUUUUACAUUGUGGUAUGGAAUAUUUACAGACUUGUUAUAAUAAAAGCAUCGGCGCUAAUACCUCAAACGCAACAGAUAUGUUUUUAUCAACUCCUUCUAGUGCUACUGUGAUUUCUAUGUUUGUUUGUGGAGUUUUUGGAAACUUACUUGCUAUAUUUGUGUUAGUGAAGACAUCAAAACGCCACAAAUGGAAAAAUUUCUACCGACUUGUCGGCGUUCUGGCUAUCACGGAUCUUUUUGGGAUUUUAGCCUCAACUCCUCUUGUUCUUAUUAACUAUCUGAAUGAUUUCAAAUGGAUUGGAGGGCAACCGACUUGUGAUUAUUUCUCCUUUAUACUUAUCUUUGCAGGUCUGAGCACAAUUUUCUUUAUUUCUUUCAUGUCUGUCGAGAGAUUUCUGGCCGUGUGUUGUCCUUAUUUCUACAAACGAGAAGUAACAAAAGAAAAAGUAAACAUUGUUACAGUCUUACUGUGUCUAUUGUCGGUAGCAAUUGCUGUGAUGCCCAUUCUAGGAUUUGGCAAAAAUGUCCAUCAUUUUCCUGGUUCGUGGUGUUUCUUUGAUUUCUUUGGGCAAUCGACACUACAAACCACAUACUCCUAUCUGUACGCUUCGACGGGUAUUCUCUUGAUUUCUUUGACUGCUGUCUUUAAUAUUAUUUUAGUUGUGACUCUCGCCAGAGAAAUUCGUAGAAAAGAAUUGCAAGACAGGAAAUCAAGCUUUAACAGUGUCAGUUCAAGACGGCGAAAGCGAAAUGAUGUCUAUUUAAUGGUUUUUCUGAUGGCUAUUUUGAUUGUGUUUGGAAUUUGUUACUCACCAUUGAUGGUGAGAGUUGUUUUAAAUCAGUCAAGAUGGACGUCAAAAUGUAACUCAUGUGACCUACUUGCAAUAAGGCUAGCGUCUUUCAAUCAAAUUUUGGAUCCAUGGGUUUAUAUUUUACUACGGCGAGAAAACAUUAUAUGUUUUGUUAAACGUACAGAGAGGCUGAAGUCGACAUUAAUACGCAGUUUGUCAAGUAUCCAUAGUUAUGGAAGUGUUAAGAUGGCUAGCAUCAGAAGAAGCUUACGUCAUCGAAAAUCAUCGAGCAGAAACACAAAGGAACCGGAAAUGGAGGUGAACGAUAAUUUGAUGUCCGAAAAUAGCAUUCAUCCAACAAACACGGAACACAUAUAAGAUUUCUUUAAGUUUUUAUUUCGAACACUUGUUACCAAUUUCAAAUAAAGAUGUAAAAUUCA